AUGGUGGGCCUCAAAGAGUUUCGAAUCCCGAUUUCUACGGUUGCUAACGCGACUACUUCCAGCACACCUAUAAGCCACUACUGGUACAGAACAAAGCCCGGCCACUGCCUCAACACCGACACCUUCCUCCUCGGCUCCGGCGCCGUCAACACUAUCCUCGACUUCCUGGUCAUCAUGCUGCCGAUCCCGCUCCUAUGGCGACUCAAGACCACCGCGUCGCAAAAGGGCGUCUUGACCGGCAUAUUCAUUUGCGCAGGCUUCGUCUGCAUCAUCUCCAUCAUCCGCCUCGUCGUCCUCUCCCGCCUCACCUCCGUAGACGUCACCUGGAACUACGUCGACUCAGCAAUCUGGUCAGCCGCCGAGCCCUCCAUGGGCGUCAUAAGCGCCUGUCUGCCCUCUCUACGCCCGCUCGUCUCCAUCCUCCUCCGCGGCACCGUGCGCGGGCUGGGCGUCAGUAAAUACGGCCUCGGCUCCUCCGCGACCGGCAAACUUGGUAGCAGCAAUGGGUCUGGGUCAAGAAGUGGGCGGUGGGGCAGUAGGAGUGAUGGCGCGGGGGCUGCAGGUGUGGGCAGAGGUUUGGGGGUGGGUGGUGGGGAGGGGAAGAAUGGUGGGGAUUUCGAGGAGUUCUUCCGUAUGGAUGCGCCCAGUGAUCCGGGGAGUAGGAAGGUCGGGCAUCGGGUCGAUGUGAGAGGGGGAAGGCCGAGGCCGGAUGGAGGGGAGAAUGGGAGGUUGGAGAAUGGAGUUGGCGGUGGCGUGGGCGAGGAGGACGAGAUUAGUCUCGAAGCGGUCAAUCCGCCCGAGGGGGUAAUAAGGAUUAAGAAUGAGGUUACGGUUACGAGUAGUGAUUGGUUAGAGUAUAAAGAUAAGGUCUAUUGA